GGUUCGACGCAGCAACACAAACGCCAUCUUUAGUCGACAGGCUAACUACGCUACUGAAGCAGAGCCGUGGAGCAAAACUAGGUCAGGCGCCUGGAAAACGAAACCGUUUCUGAAAAUCUUUAUUUUGAAAGCUUCCAGUCAGCGUUUGUUUACCUCCACGACCCCCCGUGCUGUCCUAUGGUCCAAUGUGUUUGAUCGGUCGGCCAGCUCGAACGCAGUUUUCUUGUGUCGGUCCCGGUUGACGAGGAGUGAUCGCCUUUUCUCACAAACAGCCCACGGAGGUGAAAGCCAGGAUGAAACGAGGUCUGCAAGGGAAUGAACAGGAGGAUGGAGGUGGCACCAGCAGUGGGUCUCAGGAGACUCUUAAACGGUCUCGCAAGCAGAGGAGGGAGAAAGAUCUGGAAGAGGAGGGAGCCCACUGGGGCUAUCUGCCCCAGGAGAUCCUGCUGCACAUCUUCCAGUACCUGCCUCUGCUGGAUAGGGCUUACGCUUCUCAGGUGUGCCGGGGCUGGAAUCAGGCUUUUCACAUGCCAGAGCUGUGGCGCUGCUUUGAGUUUGAGUUGAACCAGCCAGCGAGCUCCUACCUGAAGGCCACGCACCCAGAACUCAUCAAACAGAUAAUCAAAAGGCACUCCAACCACCUGCAGUACGUCAGCUUCAAGGUGGACAGCAGCAGAGAGUCUGCAGAGGCAGCGUGCGACAUCCUGUCACAGCUCGUCAACUGUUCUUUAAAAACACUGGGGCUCAUCUCCACAGCCCGGCCCAGCUUCAUGGAGCUGCCCAAGUCUCACUUCAUCUCAGCGCUGACGGUGGUCUUUGUCAACUCCAAAUCUUUGUCCUCCCUGAAGAUCGAUGACACACCUGUAGAUGACCCGUCACUCAAAGUCCUGGUGGCCAAUAACAGCGACACACUCAAACUGCUGAAAAUGAGCAGUUGCCCUCAUGUUUCACCUGCAGGCAUCCUUUGUGUGGCUGAUCAUUGCCACGGCCUGAGAGAACUGGCGCUCAACUACCAUUUGCUGAGCGAUGAACUUCUCAUCGCCCUCUCCUCGGAGAAGCACGUUCACCUCGAGCACCUUCGCAUCGACGUGGUUAGCGAGAAUCCCGGCCAACAGUUCCACACCAUCAAAAAGAGCAGCUGGGACGCCAUGGUGCGCCACUCUCCCAAAUUCAAUCUGGUCAUGUACUUCUUCCUCUACGAAGACGAGUUCAGCCCUUUCUUCCGCGAUGAAAUCCCCGUCACGCAUCUGUACUUCGGCCGCUCCGUCAGUAAAGAUGUGCUUGGCCGCGUGGGGCUCACCUGCCCGCGUCUGGUCGAGCUGGUGGUGUGCGCCAAUGGGCUGCGGCCGCUGGAUGAGGAGCUGAUCCGCAUCGCCCAGCGCUGCACACAGCUGUCAGCCAUCGGCUUGGGAGAGUGCGAGGUGUCCUGCAGCGCCUUCGUGGAGUUUGUCAAGAUGUGUGGAGACAGACUGACGCAGCUAUCCAUCAUGGAGGAGGUACUGGUUCCAGAUCACCGCUAUGGGCUGGAUGACAUCCACUGGGAGGUGUCAAAGCAUCUGGGUCGUGUCUGGUUCCCAGACAUGAUGCCUACCUGGUAGAUCUCUGGAAGAAAAUUUAAGUUGAGUCGCUUGGAGAACUAUGUUUUUUGGCCCUUCAUCAUCCUGUUUUUUUCCCCCGGACACUAUAUGUGUCCCUGUUCUUCUCCUUGAGUACAUGAAGAAAUUUGCAUCACUUUGAGUUUUAAUGGGAUGAAACAAGAAACAUUGAUUUCAACUCCACCAUGUCGUUCUAUGUAUACAUUUUUUAUUUAUAAGUAUAUUUAUAUCUAAAUGUAUUUGUCUUGUUGUCACUCAUAAAAAUUAGCACCUUGAUUUCUCAGCCUUUUCUUAACCCUGUGAUUGGUUUUCCAUGGAAAUUAACAGGAAUUUCUGGGAAUAUAUAUUAUUAAAAUGUAGGGGUUAUUUCAUGUACUAGUCUUUACUGCAUUACAUGCAGGCAGAUACAUAAACAUAUUUUCAUAUCGUAAGUGGGCAUAAGUACAAAUCCUUAGAACAGAAAUUUACAUGCAGUAAAGUAUUUUUUAUACAGAUGUGUUCAACAGAUUAUCAUCACACUUAGAGCAAAAUGUCUUUGAGACCAGGAAGUGUGGUAUUUUAGAAAAGUCUUUAAGUUUGAUGGAUAAAUGCACCCGCUAGAUGGGUACGCUGACCAUUAGAAGCCAUUUGUUUCGGUGAUAUCUCGUGAUAAUCACCAAGAGAAACUUUGUGUGGGAAUAUGCAGAUGAUCUGUGGUUUGCUUCCCUCCAUAUCGCCCAGAGCACCCCGCUAAUUUACAGCAUCACAGAUAACGAUACUGGCAACAUGGAGAUAAGCCAAACACUGUUCAUCUGCACAUACUGCCUACAAUGCAAUGACACGAAUCAGGUUGAACAUCAGCAAAGUUUCACUUCAUUAUUUUAUUUGUUUCUGACUCUUAAAAAUCCAACAUUGACACAUUGUGACUGUACAAGAAUACAAAACAUUUCAUUAUGAAGGCACAGUUGCCGUCAGUGUGAAGCUUCUUGCAGACUGGAUGGUUAAACACAAGACUUUGGACAGUGAAAUCACAGAACACAAGGACUUCUGUUAAAAACACAUGCUCUCCACGUGUCGUCUGCUCCUGACUCCUGUCACUGUGUUUCUGUUUGAUGUCUUUGAAUGUGUUUCUGCAUCUCAUUUAGAAAACUAGAGCUGUCUCACUCUGUUCUCUGACUCAACAUGGACAGAGAUUAAGACUUAGAACAGCUUUAUGUGAAGGUGGUGCUCUUUGGUAACUUUGGCCAUAAUCAUCUUAGUCUGUAUAUACUGUAAAUAUAUAGAGAGAGUCAUGGUUGAACAUAUUUUUGUGUGUAAUGUACAUUAGCUAUAUUUCUGAUUGCCUGACCCAUGUUCUCAUUGAAAUUGUAAAUAUCAAAAUGGGAGGGAGAAAUUUUAAUCCUGGACAUCAUAUAUCUGUACAUUUACUAAAUCGUACUAAUGCACUUUUACUCCAGUGAAGUACCCAGGUUUAACAAGCUGCAAUGUCAUUAGGGCAUGUCAUUAACAGAAUUUGCAGCCAAAUGAUGGUAAACUUUGGUCAAUAAAUCUAUCUUUAAGUCACCUUGCUACUUAAUUUGCUUUUUAUGGAGUCAUUUUAUAUUCUUAUAUAAACAUUCUAGAUUCUGAGAUAUUAAAUUGGCAGAAUUGUUAGAUUAUUGACAGAUUAUGCACAAAAAUCAUUCUGGUAAACUUCUGGGAAAAUGGACAAACCAAACCUGCUUGACUGUACAAUCAUUCACCAUGUUAAUAGUCAGAAAGAUUUAUUCUGGCGAAGCAUUUUAACAUAUUUUAGAGGUAAAUAUAGAUAAACAAUUUAAGGUCGCCCCAUGAAGAAAUCUCAAAUGGAUCGACAGGUCAUUAAUACAUGGAGAAAAUCAGAAACUUUUAAAAUGAUGUUGUUAAAAACAGAAGAAAGGGCUUGUAUAUUUAAUUAUGACUUCAAGAGACACUUUUUCUAAUUGUGAAUUUAGCUCAAAUUUAUGGAGCAACACAAUUAAGCAUUUAAAUGCUAGAACAGGGCUGCACAAUUAUGACAAACAAUGUACUUUUUGCAAUAAGUUUUUCAGAAACAACUGGCUGGGCUACAGCAAAAAGAUGCUGGUCCUUUAUAUUUUGCCCAGUGCUAUGUAUCUGAUGCAUAACAACAAGUUCCACAUCAUGUAUAAUUGAUUAAAAGAUAAAAAACCAAGAUCUCAACGAGGUAAUUGUGCAGCCCUGAAGACAGGACAGCGUGGCAGUUGAAUGUUGAUAUAACUGAAUGUUUGCCUGAAUGUGUUGAGAAUGAAAUAUUUAUGCCUCUAUUGUUUGUUGCAAUAGAGUGAAAGGAUAAUAGUUGGAAGACGUCUUAAGGUGGACUCAUCAAGGAUGUUGUUUUCUGUGGACACUUGGACUGUGCAAAGAAAGAGACCUGUAAAUCAUUUAUGUUCGGUUUUAAAUUAAUACUUGUUUUACGGGGUUGAUAUCCUUUUUUGUGUAUCUUAUUAAAAAAGAAACGCAUAUAUUUCUUUAGUUGUUUCCCUCUGAUAGGGACCCAUCAUGUCUUAAUUUCAUGUUUUGUGUUUCUGAAGGCCAGCCAGGCCUGAUAUUGGACUUUAUCCUUUAUUGACUUACAGUGCAUUUUGUUGUGUAUUUAUAAAACCAUGCCACCUGCUGGUUAAUAUUAACUGCAUUUGUAUUCAGUGCUUAUAGAUGAUUAUUAUAAUAUUCAAGAAUAGGCCAAGUAAGGGCUGCAGUUUUUAUGGAGUGUACAGUGACAGUGUGUUGUUUUUAUUUUUAGUUGAACGAGUACUGAGAAGAUUUAUUGGAAGGUAACCUCUUGUACUUUUCCCAAAGACAUGUAAUAUCUGAGUUAAGUUCACAUUAAAAACGCCUGUUUGGUUAUGUGUUCCAUGUCUGAACUAUUAAAACAACACCGUUGCUUUAAUUA